AUGGAUCUCACAGCUGAGCACAAGGAGGUCUUCUCCCUUUUCGACAAGGAUGGAGAUGGUCACAUCACGCUCGAAGAACUGCGCACCAUCAUCCGAUCAUUAGGCCGAGAACCAACUCUGCAAGAGCUGCAGGAUAUGAUCAGGGAGGUCGAUGUGGAUGGUAAUGGCACCAUAGAGUUUGAUGAAUUCUUGAACGUGAUGGCUAUGAGAACGAAGGAGGCUACUGAGGCUGAGGCUGAAGAAGAACUGCGAGAAGCCUUCAAGGUUUUCGAUAUAGACAACAAUGGAUACAUCUCACCCAGCGAGCUUAUGAGCGUGAUGACUAAUCUGGGAGAGGAAGUAACAAAGGAGAUUGCUGCAGAGAUGAUCAUGGAGGUUGACGCUGAUGGUGACGGGCAGGUGGAUUUCAAGGAAUUCUCCACCUUGAUGAUGGCUAUCGGAACUACACCGACGAAUUCCUUUUCUUCAUUGUACAUAAACUGA